CAGACUAGUGAGCGUUAGAGAGACGGAAAGUUCCAAGCGAGAGUCACCAAAACAAACGCUGCAUUCCUGUACUUAUUUCAACAUUUCUCUGCACUUACUCCACAUGGCGUCAGUUUUACCCCGCGUGAACCUGCUGCUGGCCAGAAAGUGCCUCCUUCCACACCUGAGAGGCAAUGCACACCGCUUACAGGGGUGCUGCAGGACACACAGCGGUAAUGAGGGGGUGUUUCUGAGAUGUUGCACCACUCAGACCCCCAGUAGCCAGCCCCCUCGGAAGCAGACAGCAGGGAAGACUAGGGGCCCCAUCACUUGGAAGUCCCUUGCUGCCACUGGUGCUCUGGGGUCGGUCUUGCUUGGGUUUAUGCUCUACAUCAAGAAGGAGAAGGAGCUGGCCCUGGCAAGAGAGAGGAAGAGAAUGCUCGGAAAGGCAAAUAUUGGGGGACGUUUCGAUUUGGUGGACCACAAUGGAACGCCAAGAAAGAGCGAAGAUUUUCAUGGUCAGUGGGUGCUUCUCUAUUUCGGAUUCACUCACUGCCCCGAUGUGUGUCCCGAUGAGCUGGAGAAGAUGGCGGUGGUGGUUGAUGCGCUUGACAAGAUGGACAGUGCCAAGCCAGCACAGCCUCUCUUCAUCACAGUCGACCCUCACCGUGACUCGAAGGAAGCCAUCAAGACCUACCUCAAGGAAUUCCACCCCAAAUUCAUAGGCCUAACAGGAACAGAUGAGCAGAUUUCAGCAGCCUGCCGGGCCUACAGAGUCUACUACAGUGCCGGGCCGAGAGAUGAUGACGAUGAUUAUAUUGUGGACCACACAAUAAUAACAUACCUCAUCAAUCCGGACGGUGAUUUCAUCGACUAUUACGGCCAGAACAAGACCGCUGAGCAGAUGGUGGCCAGCAUAGCAGUAAACAUGAAGAAAUUUGAAGAAAUGCAGCGAGGUCUUGCCGGCGGUCUGCUGGGAAAACUGCUGUGAGAGUGGAAGAGAAAGGGAAACAGAAGAAGGAAGGAAGAGGAAGAGGAGGAGGAGGAGAAGCAAGAUGAAGAGGAGCAGAAAGAUAGACAGGAAUAAUAGAAAGACAGACAGACAGACAGACAGACAGAGGUGAGAGGGUAGAUAUCAGAAUAUAUUUUUUUCUUUUCCUUUUUUAUUUAUUUUUUUGCUCAAUUUUUAUUUUUUCUGAUUUAUUUAUUUAUUUAUUUAUUUAUUUAUUGGUAGGCCUAAAAUGUUGAGAUUCAGGCCUAGGUAUGACAUUGUUGUUACUGUUAUUGUUGUCAUUGUUGUUAUUAUUAUUAUUAUUAUUAUUAUUAUUAUUAUUAUUAUUAUUAUUAUUAUUAUUAUUAUUAUUAUUAUGGUUAUCUCUCUCUCUCUUUCUCUCUCUCCCCCCUCCAUGUGUACAUACGUGUGUGUGUGCGUGUGUGUGUGUGUGUGUGUGUGUGUGUGUGUGUGUGUGUCUGUGUGUAAUAUAUGUGUAUUUAUGUAAUUUUUUAACAAUACAAGGAGAUAAAUG